GCCAGUAUUUCCGUAAUGAUCAUUACAUGUUAAGGAAGCAAUGUUUGCUUCACUUCAGCUGCUGUGACGGACUUUACCGACACCGGACGGACUGCUCGCCAUUUUAAUCUGUCAUUUGAGGAAUAACACACACAUUGAAUCAUCAUAAGGUGUUUCUUUACGCUGACACAGAUCUCCACGAUGAUGGAUAUGGAGGUGAUGCAUUCCAGUCAACAGGACAUGAACCUGAUUGACAUACUGUGGAAGCAGGACAUCGAUCUGGGUGCCAGGCGAGAGGUGUUUGACUACAACCAUCGUCAGAAGGAACAUGAGCUGCAGCGGCAGAGGGAGCUGGAGGAGGAGAAGAGGCUGGAUCUGCUGCGCAAGCAAGAGAAGGCCCUGCUGGCACAGCUACAGCUCGACGAGGAGACGGGAGAGUACAUACCAUGCCCGCCAACCAGCGCCCCUUUGCAGACGACUAUCACGCCUCUGGAGGUUACACAGAAUGUCAGCUUCACAGAGGACACCGGUGAUGCCAUGUCGUUUGAUGAGUGCUUGCAGCUGCUGGCAGAGACAUUUCCUGUAGAGGAAGCUGAGAACUCCUCAGUUUGCUUGGACACGGCUGUUGUUUCAGCGCCCAUGAUGUCCCCCGAGCAGCCAGCUCUGGCACCAGCCACUCUCUCCCCACCGCCGCCACCACCAACACCACCUCAACAGAGGCUAUCCCCAGAUCUGGAGCAGGCCUGGAUGGAGCUUUUGUCCCUCCCUGAGCUGCAGCAAUGCCUCAAUAUGCAAAUGGAGGACACACUGGAGACCACAACUUACCCUCUUCCAAACACCCCGGACGUACAGAAUCCAAACUACCCUUUUUACCCCAAUCUCACAGAGGUGGAAACAAACAGUGUCAAUGUUUGUCCGGCAGAGUUUAUGAAUACUUUUGAUAGCUCUGUUCCAAGUAUGGCUCCACCGGACACUCUCAGCCAGAUGAAAGCAGAGGCUCCAGAGAUAAAUACUAACUUCGGUGCAGAGAGCUUCUGUGACAUGUUUUACCCCAAUGCCAUCCUGGAAGAGAGCAGCGUUCAGCCUGGCCUUGAAGGAAAUGAAGUCAACACUGUGUCAGAUAUCCAAAACAAGCCCCCAUCGACACCACUGGACCUUUACAGCCUCUCACCCGGUGAUGCAUAUGAGAGAGGCAAACAAAAUUUUACAGCAGAAUUGCCGGACUCAGAUUCAGGAAUCUCAUCAAACACGAGCCCGAAUUCAUGUUCCCCUGGGAAGUCUGUUUAUGGAGAUGGCUCCUUUCUUUACAGUGAUUCAGACAUGGAGGAGAUGGAUCAGAACCCUGGAAGUGUAGAAUCUGACUAUUCAGAGAUGUUCUCGAUUAACUACCAACCUGAUGAUCUACAGUCAUCAGUUUGUUUAACAGGACAUCUUGAACAACAGGAAAAGAAACCCAAAUACCACAAAACAGAUCCAGCAGAGGAGAGCGGCCACAACAGCGCUCCCUUCACCAAAGACAAGGUGAAGAAACGGUCUGAUGUGCGUCUCUCUAGAGACGAGCAGAGGGCUAGGGCCCUCAAAAUACCCUUCACUGUAUCCAUGAUUAUUAACCUGCCAGUUGAUGAUUUCAAUGAGAUGAUGUCAAAGCACCAACUGAAUGAAGCUCAGCUGGCCCUCGUCCGAGACAUACGUCGCCGUGGCAAGAACAAAGUGGCUGCCCAGAACUGCCGCAAACGCAAGAUGGAGAACAUAGUGGGUCUGGAGAGCGACCUGGAUGCACUGAAGGAUGAGAAGGAGCGUCUGCUGAGCGAGAAGAGCCAGAACGCUGCAGACCUGAAGGAAAUGAAGCAGCAACUCAACAGCUUGUACCUUGAGGUCUUCAGCCAGCUGAGAGAUGAGAAGGGGAAUUCAUACUCCCCGUCUGAGUACUCCCUCCAACAGUCAACAAACGGCAGCAUCUUCCUCGUUCCUCGUGUUAAAAAGACUUUCAUCAAGAGUGAAGAUAAACUCUUUUCUUCUUAAUAGAAUGGUACUGCAUAAUCAUAGUAAUACUAUGCAAUAACUUUGUAGUCGCUCAGCUUUACAGCAUUACUAGCUUAGCAGAACUAUUGUAUAGUUUUUGCGCACUUCUUUUGAAUGUAAUAUUUUUGAUAUUUUACUUUUGUACUGAUAUCGUCACAGAUUCUUUAAACAAUAUUGUUUGUAAAUAUAAACAUCAUUUGCUAUCAAGAUUGAUGAAACUGUUACUGUAUGUGUGUAAAUAUAUAUAUAUAUAUAUAUAUUGUAUAUACCAUAUUUCUGUAUUUUAACGAUUGUUUCAAUCAUUAUUACUCAUAUUUUAUAACUGUCCCUGUAUGAUUUGCUGCCCAGGUUCUUUUUUUAAAUCUUGACUUCUCUGCUUUUAAAUAAAGUAUUCAUAGUAUAGA